AUGGCCGGGUUCAACUACACCGCCCUCGGCGAGCGGGAUUUCAGAAUCCUCUCCCUCUCGCCAGGAAAAACCGAUGAGCCCCUCAAGGGCGAGCUCCUCACCCGCCCCAUCGACCCUUACAUCGACGAGGCGGCCAAGCAUGAUGGAGAUGACCUCCCCGAGUCGCCCGACUCGUACGAGGCCGUCUCGUACGUCUGGGGCUCCACCGACACCCCGCGCACCAUCACCGUGUCCUCCGCCGAGGUCUCCAUCACCGAGAACCUCUUCAGCUGCCUCAAGCGCGUGCGCCUCGCGGACCGCCCGCGCCUCCUCUGGGUCGACGCGGUCUGCAUCAACCAGGCCGACGCCGGGGAGAAGCAGGCGCAGGUGAUGCUCACGCACGACAUCUACGUCGCGGCGCGCCGCACGCUCGCGUACCUCGGCGAGGAGGCCGACGGCAGCGCCGAGGCGAUGGAGCUGAUCGAGAAGUACUGGCGCGUCAACAUCCCCAACGAGCUCAACGCCGGCGCGCGCGCGUUCUUGGAGGACUCUCUGGGCAAGCCCGUCCCCGACGCGCCGACCGGCGCCGAGGCGGAGCUCCCGCUGGAGGGCGACAAGAAGUGGUUGGCCGUCUCGCGGUUCUGGAACAGGGCGUGGUUCAAGCGGGUGUGGAUCGUGCAGGAGUUCAUCCUCGCGAGGGACGUGGUGAUGAUUUGCGGCGACAAGAGCGUGAACUGGGCGCAGCUCUGGCCGGCGACGAUUGCGCUGGAGGAGCCCGAGAGCCCGCCAUGGCCGCUGAUCGAUGAGAAGGGCGAGGAGGUCGAGAGCGCGGCGGAUUUGAUGGCGAACAUGGCGCAGAGGCUGCGGUUCUACCAGCUCGGUGCUAUGAGAGGAACCGCCGACGAUGAUGGAUGCUGCGAUGAUGACGAGGACCACGACCACGACCACGACCAUGAAGGAGGAUGCUGCGGAGGAGACGACGAACACGACCAUGACGAUGAAGACGAGGCCCAGGAGGGUGAAGACGGCGAGUGGGAGUCCGAGGACGAAGACGAAGACCCGAAGCGCUCAACGGAACUCCUGAGCCUCCUGCUCUCCUUCCGCGAGGUCGAGGCCACCGACCCCCGCGACCUGUACUUCGCGCUCCUCGGCCUGGCCGCGGACGGCGACAGAGAGGAGUUCCGCCCGGACUACUCCGAGGCCUUCGAAGAGACGGCCCUCCGCUUCGGCCGCACCCUCCUCCACGAGCCCUUCAGCGAGGAGCUCCUCGACCACGCCGGCAUCGCGGAGAACCUCAACGGCGGCGGCGCCGCGACAAAGUUCCCCUCCUGGCUCCCCGACUUCCGCAAGCCCUGGCGCCGCAUGACCGUCGCCGACGCCGCCGAGUCCGAGGCCGCGGGCGAGACCGGCUUCGACUUCGGCUUCGACCCCAACAACGCCGAGGACGUCCUGAUGCUCAAGGGCGUCAAGGUCGACACCAUCGCCCAGAUGAGCGGCGUCCCCCGCGCGGCCCACCUGCAGGCCGACCGCCCCUCCAUGUGGAUCAAGAAGGAUAUGUUCACGCUCUCGAAGCUGGUCGAGAAGAUCCCCGGUUUCGAAAAGCCCGGCUCCUACCCCACCGGCGAAGAAUCCGGGCUGGAGGCCGUGCUGCGGACCCUCACCUUCUUCCGCGCGGACGCCGAGAUCGAGGACGAGAUCCCGAUGUCGACGCUGAAGCUGGCGUACCGCUUCUGCGCGGCCGUCGAGGAGGACGACCUCGACCCGGAGCGGCCCGAGCGGGACCUCCUGCGCAAGGAGAUCCAGCUGUCGGGGGUGUCGGCGGACGAGGCGAACGAGGCGCUCGUGGCGGCGGCGCAGAUCCUCAUCAACCGGGUCUUCACCACGCGCUCGGCGCUGGACCUGGUGCUGGCCAAGGGCGAGAAGUACGUGGGAAUGGUGCCGGACGGGACCGAGGCCGGGGACGAGAUCUGGGUGGUCAAGGGGUGCAACGCGCCGUUCGUGCUGAGGAGGAGCGCGGAGCGGGAGGGGAUGAGGCGGAUCGUGGGCACGGCGUACGUGCACGGCAUCAUGGAGGGCGAGGCGGCCGGGGAGGGGGUUGAGUUUGAGCCGGUUUCGAUUCACUGA